AUGGGGAGGGACGCUAAAAACUUUUAUACACCAGCACAAACUUAUGUUUUGACCAUAAGGACAUCUGUCAAAGAUCGGCCGUUCAAGUGGUUUAUGAUUACUGCCGAGGAUCCAGAUGUUGACAAGAAUAUCUACGAUUUUGGUACCAAGGAUGUAGAUGUAGGAAUCUUGAAGACAUUGGACACAGGACAUUUAUCUCGGUAUAGUGAGAGCUGCUACAGUACUGUUGAAAGCACUGACUUUUCAGAGAAGAGUAAAAUUGAGGUCCACUGGGUUUCUCCGAAACAAAGUUCACGGAACCAGACCAUUCGUUUAAGAGCGACGGUAGCCGAAAACAACGAAGCUUGGUACGAGGGAGAUGACCUGACUAUCGUCCUUUACAAGGACAACAAGAAAUCUUUAGAUAGUCCACCCACUGAACCAAUAGAAACCUGCAAUCUUUGUAGUGAAGCCAGAUAUGAAGUAAUUUUUGCUGGCAAAUGGUCCCGUGUCGCUCAUCCUCGUCUAUACCCCAGCAAACCUGAUGAAAAUGGUUACAGCCACAUGGUGGGAGCUUCUCAUGCAUUUGAUUAUACUCUGUGGGAGCAAGACUCCGAAGCCAGUGACGGUCUGAAACAGUUGGCUGAGGGCAACACGACCGCACAACUUGAGAAUGAGAUUAUACGAGUGAUGGGUGAAACGAAUGGUACAAGAACGUUGAUUCGUGGGAAACGUCGUCACCAUCCUUUCAUGUCAGAACCAUCGCAUGCUCUCUUCAGGGUGGACAGAUAUCACCACAUGUUUUCAAUUGUAGUCGGUAUGAGACCGUCACCAGAUUGGUUUCUGGGUACGUCUAAAUUCGAACUUUGUACUAAAGACGGAUGGUACGAGGGAAGUACAAUACCUUUGUAUCCAUGGGAUGCUGGCACCAUGGAUGGAGAUUCAUAUGAGUCAAUGAGGUCAAAGACUAAUCCAGAAGAUACUGUAAAAAGAGUGGAAGUAGGCUCCUUCAACCGCAACUCGCCGUUCUAUCAGAUGAAUUUGAACGACUUGAAGCCAUUCGCAUGUCUUACGGUGAGAAGGCUGGAUGUGUAUCCUGUUCUAAACGCAGAUUGUAGCGAAUCUGAAGAAGAAGUGAACGUGGACGAAGAACAAACGCAGCCAGAAGAAAAAGACGGAGAAGAAGAAGAGACAGAAGAGGAACCUGAAGAGCCUGUACUGGCAGAAUCAAAACAGAAAUUAGAAAGUGCUGAUAACUGUUACUUGGGCACUUGGGGAGCAUGGUCACCAUGUACCCCUGAUGAUGGCAUUUGCGGCAACGGUUUUAAGACGAGAGCGAGAUAUCGAGGAGACAGAAAUAUUUACUUCGAGAGCUACAGCAAUCAAGAUAAUUUCGAAGCGCAAUCAAAGAGCAGUAACUGUGAAGGAAGUCAAGAUUCGAAGUUAGUGGAAUACAAAAAUUGUUUCAAAGAUUGUUAUUAG